GAGCCAACGAGGACAUCAUCAAUAUGGAAGGUACUAGGACUGGAAAGCAAACCAAGCUGUCUUUUUCGCACAGCCGGUGGUCUUCCAUAAAGGUGCGCUGUUCAUCCGCGCCAUCUCGGACAACUGUAAGCCUCCUGGCCGGCUUCCUGUGAGCACCCUGCGAUUGAGAUCGAUCGAGGGUUCGAAGCGCACGCAGCUAUAUGCCCAACUCACAAGCUAUACCUGUACAUGGUAACCCCCAAUUCCAUUACCCUUCCUUCGGUAGCCCACUAUUACUCCCUACCCUUUGCCUACGCGACUCGCAAGUCCACGGCAGUCCAUACACCACCGUUCUCGACGCACUCGGCGCUUCGCCCAUCGCACACACCCAAGAACCAACGCAUCAAUCUGCGCACUUCCUCGCAAGCCAUCAUGUCUGAGUCUCCAACUUCGGUCAAGGUCUCGCCGCUUCUGAAGACUGCUUACCCUCGAAGACAUCAAGGCUCUGGCAGUUCAGCCAUGGGUCUCGAUCUCAGCUUCUUGGAGCCCGACCUGAUUGAGCUCCUCGACGAUGCCGGAAUCUACGACGCCAGCGUGGGACAAAUGGACAAGGUCACCCUGCGCAAGGAGAAGUCAGGAGACGAAGAGACAUUCUGCGUUGACGUCUGCUAUUCUAUGCAACACAACGGCGAAGUUGUUAUCCUCAAACACAAGUUCGGCGGCUUGGGCGAAGUCUUCGCCAGCUUCUCGCUCACGGCAGGCGGCUUCGAGUUGUCGGUUAACAUCGAUAAUGACGCGUAUAACGCACAGUACGCCGCCUUCACGCCAGUCACUUUCGCGGACCAGCACGGAGAAGACGUCGCCGCCCGCAUUCAAGAUUUCAUCAACAUUGCGCCUGAGUCCGACCCAAACGCUGUGCCGUCUGAGAAGUACUACUCCCAUCUGGCCCUAAUCAAGGACUUCCACAAGAACUGGAACGAGGAGACGCAGACUUGGGACGAUCUGCCCGUAACAGCAGACACUAUCAUGGUCGUCCUUUGUGUGUCAGGAAGCUCUGAUGCAAAGGAGCUCGGCAAUCACAUCAAGGUCGUAGACCCCGAUCUUCCCGCCCACUUCGUCAUUGAUCACACCUUCCUUGCGAACAUCGAGUUAGAGAAGCAGCGUAAGUUGGUCGACUCUCUGAAGAUGAACUGCUCUCUCGUGGACAUGGACGUAGCAUCAGCAGUGAGAGUAGAGCUGUCGUGGCCUAACGAUGACCGUGUCCCUAACAAAGCUGUCUAG